AAGUCAUUUGAACAGAAGAACCCCCAAUAUCAUCGGCAUCGAGCAUGUGGACAUCAUCACAGCACAGUUCAUCGCGUGAUUUUUAACGCUUCGAAGACCUUGUUUACCAACCGUCCGGCUGCCUACUGACACCGAUACAGCCAAAUAUUAUAGGGGUGUGAGCAGCAAAGCAGGAUGCAGCAAACAACGGCCACAAGUGGAGGCAGCGCUGGCCCCAAGCCUCCGGACAGCAUGAAGGUCAUGCGUUCAGCAAUCAGGGCGUUGAGGAUCCGACUGGAUAGGGUCGGCCGGAAGAUGACCACGCUCAACGACGAGAACCAGAUGCUCUCGAACAGACUUACGUCACUCAGGAUGGAAAAUGCGAAGCUGCACCAAGCGCUGGAGAAGGAACGCACCCGGCUGAAGAACAUCGUCGACGGUGCGCCAGGCACGCCGGCGAACAGCGACGCCGUGGCCGACAUAUGGCUGCCGAGCGGAGGUCGAGCCAGUUCCCUAGCAGACGGCGUCACGCCGUCCACGUCGUCUGCCUCUUUGGACGCCAUCUUGUCCACAAGACGUUUCUUGCCUUCGACGUCAUCGCCCCUACCUCAGGUUACGACACCGCGCUCAGCGACGUCUUUUCAGUCCUUCCAGGACCCGUUAGAAGACCAUUUACUCCUCUGCACCGACCUCUUCGACGACGGCACGUCUGAGGACUCCCUGACGACCCACGCGGCGUCCAAGGCUACCUUGUCGGCCGACGCGGUCCCGUCAAACGGCGCCGCGAGACAACUUUCGGAAGCUGUCAAGUUGUCUUUGUCAACGACGACCAUUGGUGCGCCCAGCACCGUUGGAGGAAGUACCGCAGAAGAAGCUCAGUGCGUAACACUGGCGCAGAAGGAUGGCGAAGGAUCGAGUCCUGGGUCUUCGGGUUCGUGCCGACCGACGGAGCGGAAGAGGAAGAAAACCAGCAUUGAGACCGUACAGAGCGUCGAGGAACGGCAACAGGAAGGAAGGGCCACUGAAGGCGAAAGAAUGGAGCCCAGGUACAGCAUGUCGUCGUCCUCCUUGGAUUGAUUCCAGAAGUCGACGAACUCGCCGGCUUUGAUAAUGGCAUCGCCACUGCCUUCUAGAAAAAAAUUCCCGUUCUGCGAAUGUUUCGCUCGCUUCGCUUGUUACCGACGAUUUAUUAACGAGAUCACUUGCUAACCAUAAAGCCAGACAGGUCGCUCAUCAUGUA